UUUAGUUUUGCUGUUAUUUAGUUGUUAGGCUAUACAUUUUUUUGUCUAUUUUUGCCGCCCAAAUAAAACAACGUGUUAAUUUCACUGAGAACCUUACGGAUGAAAAUCUGUUCAAUAAGCUACUGGUUGCAGCUGUUUUUGGCUAAUGGUUAUUUACAGUUGUAUCGACUGGUCUCAAGAAGUGAAGAUAAAGGAACAGGAGAGGAACGUGUGAGGAAACGGAAGGCAUUAGCCUACCUUGAUCUAUGAUUUAACACAAAAAUAUGUGCAUGCUAGCUAAUCCUAUCAAACACGAAAUAGAAGUCUUUAGUCUCACAAUUAUGUAAUGGCGUGCAUUUUAAAGCGGGUGCAUACUUCAUCUGCGCUCGACUCGGAUUUGUAAUUCACAAGUUGUGUUUUUAUGUAUAGUUUUUUCGUAUCAUUAUUUUAUUGCCAGAUAUGCGGAAUAUAAUAUGUGGUUUCAAAUUGGAGGUUUUGGUGUAACACAGAUAUUCGCUAUGCUUAGGUGGAUCAUUAUUUGAGACAAUAACAUAGAUAUAAUUACACCUGAUAAUAAAGUUUCAGCACUAUAUGUAGCACUUAUAUCCUUUGGUGAUUGUAUUGCAGAGUUGGCGUGACAUAUAUACACAAGAAUUAUUGUUGUCCAGCCAGCCAUUACAUGCAUGAAGCCAAAGGCAGAGACACCUGCCACUUUGUCCGGGACUACACGUGCUUCGAUUCCGCUACUGUUUUCUCAACAGGCUACACCAAAAAACAGAAAAUAUCAAGUGACAUAACCUGAACAGAUUUUUGUUCUCCAAAGUGGACUAUAGUAAAGUUUUGUUCAGCAAACAGUGAGCUAUAGCCUAUGAAGAUCGCGACACAGAUUUUCCCUCGCAGAAAUGCCAGUGCGAAUGCCAGUGCGAACCACCAGGUUGAUGUACAGGGGAAUUUGCACUAUUCCAGAUAUCCUGUCAUACCGGGCCCCCAUUAACCUGCCUGAGGAUGAGGUGGAAGAGAUCCGUGAGGCCUUCAAGGUGUUUGACAGAGAUGGAAACGGCUACAUCUCAAAGCAGGAGUUGGGGGUGGCCAUGCGGUCGCUGGGAUACAUGCCUAAUGAGGUGGAGCUGGAGAUUAUUAUCCAAAGGCUGGACAUUGAUGGUGAUGGCCAGGUUGACUUUGACGAAUUUGUUGCACUGCUUGGACCAAAACUUAUUGCUGCUGGGAUGCCUGAUAAGUUCCAUGGGGCAAACUUUGACUCUGUAUUUUGGAAGUGUGACAUGUCGAAGCUAACGGUAGAUGAACUGAAGAGGCUCCUGUAUGACACGUUCUGUGACCAUCUCACCAUGAAAGACAUCGAGAACAUCAUCAUGACCGAAGAGAGCCACCUGGACAACCAAGUGUGCCAAGUGGACAUUGACACGAGCCCGACACAACAGGUGAAGCACACUUGUGUGCGGAAGAGUCUGAUUUGUGCUUUUGCCUUUGCAUUUAUCAUCAGUGUAAUGCUUAUUGCGGCUAACCAGAUGCUCCGUAGAGGUAUGAAGUAGAAAGUCCUUCACUACCAGAGGGGAAAAUAGUUUUCUUCAUUGUCCUUUCACACUCAAUCCAGUGACUAAGCAGAGACAAAUUAAACUGGAAAAAAAGAAACAAAAUGACAUGGAUUUUCUUUGAUUCAGAGACAUACACUGAGUAUACAAAACAUUAAGAACACCUUCGAUAUAUUAAGUUGCACCCCCA